CUCCCUGCGAAGUUCUGGCUAGCCCAUAAAGGAUUGUCUCGCGGGCCACUGAGCUGCUCUCACUGUCUGUCGCGCCGAAGGUGAGGACAGACAACACACACAACUGGAUGAAAAGAUAUCGCAUAGAAAAUACAGAAAAUACAUCACAGCCAAAGCAACGCAAGCGGCAAAGAUAGUAGUAAAAAAAGAAAAAAAAGUAUUCAAGGCUAGCGGAUGAGGUGUGGACCGAGGAUCAACAUCGCCUGGUUGGCGGGCAGAUAGUAUCUUAACAGCGCUGAUUUCACUGUUAACAUCACUCUCUGACCGAAGGCUCGCGGAAGGGGAGAAACACAACAUUUACGCUCUCACUGUAAAGGAGUGCGCGAGGACCACCAAAUGUGAGCGACACGUACAGGUGCAGUGAAAUCAAACUGGAGGCGCGUUUAGGAUGCAGAAGUCACCUGUGGAAGAUGCUAACUUUCUCUCCAAAUUCUUCUUCUGUUGGACAUCUCCACUCCUGAGGAAAGGCUUCCGGAAGAAGCUCGAGCUGACGGACGUCUUCAAGGCACCGUCCUAUGAUCUCGCGGAUAAUCUAUCUGAGCGACUUGAAAGAGAAUGGGACCGAGAGGUGGCGACGGCCAAGAGCAAGCCCAGGAUGAUGCGGGCAUUGGCGCGAUGCUUCAUCGGCCCCUUCAUCUUCUACGGCAUCCUCCUCUACCUCGGGGAGGCUUCCAAGACGGUGCAGCCGCAGCUCCUGGGCCGAAUCAUCGCCUCCUUUGACCCCUUCCACGCCCCGGAGCGCUCCCAGGGGUACUUCCUGGCGCUGGGCCUCUGCCUGCUCUUCACGGCGCGCUUCCUCCUGCUGCAGCCCGCCAUCUUCGGCCUGCACCACCUGGGCAUGCAGAUCCGCAUCGCCCUCUUCAGCCUCAUAUAUAAGAAGACUCUGAAGCUGUCCAGUCGCGUCCUGGAUAAGAUCAGCACAGGCCAGCUGGUUAGUCUGAUGUCAGCUCAUCUCAACAAGCUGGACGAGAGCCUCGGCCUGGCCCACUUCGUGUGGAUCACCCCGCUGCAGUGCAUCCUGUGCGUGGGUCUGAUCUGGGAGCUCAUCGAGGUGAAUGGAUUCUGUGCCCUGGCAGCCCUCACCUUGCUGGGCAUCGUCCAGGCCUGGCUCUCCCAGAAGAUGGGCCCGCACAGGGCGAAGCGGGCGGGGUUGAUCAGCCGCAGACUCGCUCUGACGUCGGAGAUCAUUGAGAACAUCCACUCUGUGAAGGCCUACGGCUGGGAGGACGUCAUGGAGAGCAUCAUCAAGAACAUCAGACAGGAGGAGAUGACCCUGACCAGGAAGAUCGGCUCGCUGCGCUACUUCUACAGCGCCUCCUACUUCUUCUCCGCCAUCCUGGUCAUCGUGUCGGCCAUCGUUCCGCACGCGCUCAGCAACGGCAUCAUUCUGAGGCGCAUCUUCACCGUGGCGUCCUACUGCAUGGUGCUGCGCAUGACGCUCACGCGCCAGCUGCCCGGCUCCAUCCAGAUGUGGUACGACACCCUGGCCCUGGUCGCCAAGAUCGAGGACUUCCUGCUAAAGGAGGAACACCGGGCACUGGAGUACAACCUGACCACCACAGAGCUGGAGCUCGACAACGUCUCUGCAUCCUGGGACGAGGGCAUCGGGGAACUGUUUGAGAAGAUCAAGCAGGAGAACAAGGCCAGCGGGCCCCCCAACGGGGACGCGGGUCUCUUCUUCACCAACCUGUACGUCACGCCGGUGCUGAAGAACAUCAGCCUGUACCUGGAGAAGGGCCAGAUGCUGGCGGUGGCCGGCUCUACUGGAUCAGGGAAGAGCUCUCUGCUCAUGAUGAUCCUGGGAGAGCUGGUUCCGUCGGAAGGGAAGAUCCGACACAGCGGGCGGAUCUCCUUCUGCCCCCAGACAUCCUGGAUCAUGCCCGGAACCAUCCGUGACAACAUCUUGUUUGGCCUGACCUAUGACGAGCUCCGAUACACCUCCAUCAUCAAGGCCUGUCAGCUGGAGGAGGACUUUGCGCUGCUCCCUGAGAAGGACAAGUCCCCGGUGGUGGAGGGCGGUGUCACACUUAGCGGGGGCCAAAGGGCCCGCAUCGGCCUGGCCAGAGCCCUGUAUAAAGACGCAGACCUUUACCUCCUUGACUCUCCUUUCACCCACCUGGACAUCGUGACGGAGAAAGAGAUCUUUGAAAAGUGCCUGUGCAGACUGAUGGCCUCCAAGACCCGGGUGGUGGUCACCAGCAAGCUGGAGCACCUCAAGCGCGCCGACAAGAUCCUCCUGCUCCACAACGGCGUGUGCUACUUCUACGGCACCUUCUCGGAGCUGCAGGCCCAGCGGCCCGACUUCAGCUCCCUGCUGCUCGGCCUGCAGGCCUACGACAAGAUGACGGCCGAGCGGCGCAGCUCCGUCCUGACGGAGACGCUGCGCCGCGUGUCCGUGGACGAGACGGCCACCUUCCGCUCGCCCGACCCGCUGCGCCAGGCCUCCUUCCGCCAGCCCGGCCCCCCCCCGGCCGUGAUCGGCGACGCCCACCACCCGGAGAAGCGCAAGCAGUCGCUCAUCCUCAACCCCCUGGCGGCCGCGCGCAAGUUCUCCUUCAUCGGGGGCUCACAGGGGCCGCCCGCCCCCCCGCAGGAGGACUCGCAGCACCAGCUCUCGGAGCGGAGGUUCUCGGUGGUGCCGGAGGACGACCAGGUGGAGGAGGGGCUCCCCAGGGGCAACAUGUACCACAGCGGCCUGGAGCACCUGCACGGCCAGCGGCGCCAGUCGGUGCUCGCCUUCAUCACCAGCGGCGGCGGCGGCGGCGGCGGGGGCGGCGGCGGCGGGGGCGGCGGCGGGGGACAGAACCAGCACCAGCGGCGCCACGCGCAGAUGCAGUCCUCCUUCCGGCAGAAGCUGUCCGUCACGCCGGCGUGCCAGCUGGCGUCGGAGCUGGACAUCUACGCCCGCCGCCUGUCCCUGGACAGCGUGUUCGACAUCAGCGAGGACGUGGACGAAGAGGACAUGGAGCAAUGUUUUGAGGAUGAGCACGAAAACAUUUUUGAAACGACCUCAUGGAACACCUAUCUACGCUACAUCACCACCAACAGGAACCUGGUCUAUGUCUUAAUAUUCAUAGCUGUUGUCUUCAUUAUUGAGGUUGCAGGAUCAGUCAUAGGCAUAUUUCUCAUCACUAAAGAGAUCUGGAGGAGCGAGGCCAACCCCAACUCCCCCAGCUACAUCGCGGAGCACGCCAACAUGACCGUCUCCAAGCCCACCCACCUGGCGGUCAUCGUCACGCCCACCAGCGCCUACUACAUCAUCUACAUCUACGUGGCCACGUCGGAGAGCGUGCUGGCCCUGGGCUUCUUCAGGGGCCUCCCCCUGGUGCACACGCUGCUCACCGUCUCCAAGAGGCUCCACGAGAAGAUGCUCAGCGCUGUGCUGCGAGCCAACAUCGCCACGCUCAACACCAUGAAGACCGGUCGGAUCAUGAACAGAUUCACCAAGGACAUGGCCACUAUAGACGACAUGCUGCCUCUGGUUCUCUUUGACCUCAUACAGUUGAGCAUAAUCGUGUUGGGAGCUAUAUUCACCGUGUCCAUCAUAAGGCCCUACAUCUUCAUCGCAGUCAUCCCUUUGGGCGCCAUCUUCGUCUUCCUCCGGAAGUACUUCUUACGAACUGGACAGCAACUCAAACUGCUUGAGGCCGAAGCACGGAGCCCCAUCUUCUCCCACCUCAUCAUCUCUCUGAAGGGCCUGUGGACCAUCCGUGCGUUCGGGCGGCAGGCGUACUUCGAGACCCUGUUCCACAAGGCCCUGAACACGCACACCGCCGCCUGGUUCCACUACCUGGCCACGCUGCGCUGGUUCCUCUUCCGCUGCGACGCCAUCUUUGUCUUCUUCUUCACCGCCGCCGCCUUCAUCGCCGUGGGAACCAACCAGGAUAAGCCAGGGGACAUUGGCAUCAUCGUGGCUCUGGCCAUGCUCAUCCUGGGGACCUUCCAGUGGGCGGUCAUCACCAGCAUCACCGUGGACGGUCUGAUGCGGUCCGUGGACCGGGUGUUCAAGUUCAUCGACCUGCCGUCGGAGGACAGCCACCAGGGCCGAGGGGGGCAGGACCUGGUCAUCGACAACCCCCACGCGGACGGCCUCUGGCCCAGCCGCGGGCACAUGGAGGUGCAGGGGCUGACGGCCAAGUACACGGAGACCGGGCGCGCCGUGCUCAGCAACGUGUCCUUCAGCGUGGACGGGGGGCAGAGUGUGGGUCUCCUGGGUAGGACCGGCUCUGGGAAGAGCACGCUGCUGUCCGCUCUGCUGCGGCUGGCGUCCACCGACGGGGAGAUCUCUGUGGACGGGGUCUCCUGGAGCUCCGUGUCCCUGCACACCUGGAGGAAGGCCUUCGGGGUGGUGCCGCAGAAAGUCUUCAUCCUGACCGGAACGUUCCGAAUGAACCUGGACCCCCACGGGCGCUACAGCGAUGAGGAGCUGUGGAAGGUGGCAGAGGAGGUGGGUCUUAAGUCUGUGAUCGAGCAGUUCCCAGACCGGCUGGACUUCCAGCUGGCGGACGGGGGCAGUGUCCUGAGCAACGGCCACAAGCAGCUCAUGUGUCUGGCCCGCUCCGUCCUGAGCCGCGCCCGCAUCCUGCUGCUGGACGAGCCCUCCGCCUACCUGGACCCCAUAACCCUGCAGGUCCUGAGGAAGAUCCUGAAGCAGUCCUUCUCCAGCUGUACUGUCAUCAUGUCAGAACACCGAGUGGAGCCCCUGUUGGAGUGCCAGUCCUUCCUGAUGAUGGAGGGCACCUCUCUGAAGCGCUACGAGUCCAUCCAGAAGCUGCUGAACGAGACCAGCCACCUGAAGCAGGCCAUGAGCCCGGCCGACCUGCGCCUCUUCCCCGCCCUGCAGCGGCUCAACUCCAAGCGAGUGGCUCCCCAGGGGGCCAAGAUCAGUGCCCUGCAGGAGGAGGCCGAGGACGACGUCCAGGACACCCGGCUCUGAGACACCGCGCACGCUCACGCUCACGCUCACGCACACACACACACACACACACACACACACACACAGAGGCGUAGGCGCAAAUAGCGUGUUUCACAUUUUCAUGUACGAUUUGUGGAUCAACAGUUUGGAAUGACAGAGCUACAAACAGACGGUAACGCCGUGCACGGGCCUGUGAGUCUUAGACGCGUCUCUAAAGUGUAAUUCCGGCGAGAAUUGAACCCAGGGUCUUUUCGGCAUGACCCAUUAAAUAAGCCCUCCAGAUAAUCGAUUAUAGAGCUUGCCCAAAGUUGCCCGGAGCAAUUUAACAGCCCAAAUGGCUUCCAUGUUAUUGGCUUGGGGCACCGCGAACGCUUCCAUGUUAUUGGCUUGGGGCACCGCGAACGCUUCCAAAUCUGCAUUUUUUUUACCAAUAAUAUUUCUCUAAAUUGCGCUUAGCAUGACUAGGGUCCCUACACAUAAAACGAAGCAUCCGCAACCUCGUUAGCGUACCGGGAGUUUAUUAAAAAAGACUAGUUUUCCAAGUCUGUGCCUUACCAGUCGGUCCAUGUUUCCAGGAAGUCUACACAGAUCGAUUACCAGCUACCGUAGAUAACAUAAUAGAUGCGCCAACAAAUUUUAGACAUUUGGGAUGUUAUAUUGCUCCGGGCAACUUUGGGCAAGCUCUGACCUCGAUUAUCAACGAGUGUGUCUGGAGGGCUUAUGUUAUCGGUCUUCAUGCUGAAAAAGACCCUGGGUGAAAUUUUUCAAGUACAGGGGGCUUUGUGAAAACUUUAGGAAAUAGCUUUGCAGCUUAAUGCAAUGCCAUUGCACAGUGUGUGUUUGUGUGGGUCUCAGUGUUUGUAUCUAUCGAAGCCUUCCAUCCCAUAAUGCACUCUGCAGAAAAUAUCUGGUUGUGCACCUCUCCCCUACUCAGUGUGAUGUGAACUUUAGACAUUUUGAAGGGUUUCUACGCAAAUGAAUGGGGUUUAAUCUAUUUUUAUAUUAGCUGGUGUUUAUACUGUUAUUUCUGAAAAACCCGAAUCGUGUGUGAACCAGAGCUGCCUUACCAUAUCAGAUUGGACUAUAGUGGGACAGAUUCUGAUCAAUAUAUCGUUUUACUGCAGCAUUACCUUUCCCUUCAUGAGGUUACAUCGUCUUCCAGCCGAUAGGGGGAAUAAUACAUAUUGUGGUACACUCUUAAAGGGGACAUUAUACCACCAGGUGUGAGUGGGAUUAGCCUUUACAAGCCGUUUUGAAAAUGUGCAGCUUCUGACAUCACAGGUGGGUGUGUCCAC